AUGCGUCGCAAUCUGCUAGGCCGAGUCUUCACAGUCCUAGCUGGACUUGCCAGCACAGCGACUGGACUGGGCAUGACACAUCUUCGACGAGAGCUGAGCCUGACUGCGGAAUUCGGAAUCAAUCCCGACACGAUUUUGAAGCAACACAAGUCUGCAAAGACUCUGGUCAAUGAAAUACCAGCUGAAAAUGUCACGCUGAUGACUGUUUGGAUCCCAAUUGAUCAUGAAGACCCGUCCGUUGGCUUUUAUGAAAAUCGCUACUGGGUCAACGAUGAGUACUACCGUAAAGGGGGACCUGUGGUUGUUUACGAUGCAGGAGAGAUCAAUGCGGAGAUUACAGCGACCAAGAACCUGGGUAAUUCGAGCUCGGUUCUUGCAGAAUUGCUCGAGGAAUUUGGAGGGAUCGGCGUAGUCUGGGAGCAUCGAUACUAUGGAGAGUCACUGCCUUUCAACGUCGGCCUCGACUCCCCACCGGAGCACUACAAAUACCUGACCAACAAGCAAGCCUUGGCCGAUAUCCCUUACUUUGCGCAGAACUUCACUCUUGACGGUUACGACGAAGAUCUGACCCCCAAUUCCAAGCCAUGGGUCAUGAUGGGGGGCUCCUACUCUGGCAUGCGAGCCGCUUUCACCCGCGAUGCCUACCCAGACAUCAUCUAUGCGGCCUGGGCAUCCUCUGCACCCGUUGAAGCUCGCGUGAACAUGAGCAUGUACUAUGACCAGAUCUACGAUGGCAUGAUCGCCAACGGUUACCUGAACUGCACCAAAGACAUCAAAGCGGCGCUCACGUACAUCGACGAUGAACUCUCCCGAAGCGAAUCAUCCGCUGCUGCCAUCAAGCAGCUCUUCUUUGGUCCUGGCGCCGAGGAAAAUAAUAAUGGGGAUUUCACCGCCGCAGUGGGUGGAAUCUUUGGAUAUUUCCAAGCCUAUGGACUCGGUGGUGGAGAAGGCGGGUUGGGUGCAUUCUGCGAUUAUCUCGAGACUGAUGGAUAUUCCAUGCGCCCCGCUGGGCCCGACGGUCUUGCGUCCUGGCGAGGGAACCAGUACGUUGCCGAGCGAUAUGCGGCUUGGCCCAUCUUCAUUGACGUGGUCAAUUACAAUUAUGACACCAAUUGCCGACAAACCGAUUACACCAGACCGCUUGAAUGUGAGCUCAAUCCCGUCACGAAUAACCCAGAUACGAUCAGUUGGUUCUGGCAAUUUUGCACCGAGUUUGGAUACUAUCAGAUCAACAACGCGGGACCACAUUCCCUCCUGUCCAAAUAUCAAUCGAUCGAGUAUCAACAAUACACCUGCAAUCGUCAAUUUCCCGAGGCUGUCAAAAUGGGGCUUUUGCCCACUCGUCCGCAGGCUGAAGCAACCAAUCGUGAAACCGGUGGAUGGACCAUCCGUCCGUCCAACGUGUACUGGAGCGGUGGUCAAUUCGAUCCGUGGCGCACCCUCUCGCCUCUUGCUACAGGAGAUAUUGCUCCGCAGGGCGUGAACUUUACCACUGUGAUCCCACAGUGCGGAGCGGAGACUUCCGAGGACACAGUGUUUGGAUACAUCAUGGAUAAUGCAGAGCACUGUUUUGAUUUAAUCCGUGACUUUGAACCCGGUAAGAUCUCGCGUGGAUACUUUCACGACGCGCUUCGAUCUUGGCUCCCGUGCUUCAAACCUGCUUCUCCCAGCAAGUAG